CCCCUCCCCCUUUUCAGUUAUGAGCACGCACGAACACUUUCCGUCAGCAGCAAAGUUCUGUUGGGCUGUCGGCCUGAGUUCCGCUUAUCAGGAGAAACAUGUUGGUGUUUCCUCACGUAUCAUGUGCGGUGCGUACCUCUUUUUUACAAUUGCAAGGCACAGGAAGACCACCAACAUCUUAUUUUGUCAGACACUAUGUAUACAAUAAUAAGUACUGUGGGGAUCAAAAAAGGAGGGAGAAGAGCAGAGCCACACGAAAAAAGUAUAGGACACUGAGCACACAGCAAAAAGAAACAGCACAAUGCACGCAUGGCCAGGAAAGAGUAGCACACUUUUUUUUCCCCUACCAAGGUAGCCAAUGCCAAAAAAGAAAAAAAGAAAAACAGGCAACUGCCAGGAGGAAACACCGAGAGCCAACAAGAUGAUUGUCGAAAGGGAAAUGAGAGGGGGCGGCUAGGGCCAAAGGUGAGUCGAGUCACUUGUUAAAAGGACAAGGAAGGGGAAAAAGAAAAGUCAAAUGAGUGUGAAGUCUCGAAGUGGGUAUGAGGUCCAAGAAAAUGAGACUUAGGGAACGAGAGUAAGAGGGGGUGUUCGAGAAUCGGGUGAC